AUAAGCCUUUAAAGUAUGUUAUGGCGUUCAUAAGAAGCAGCUGCUCGAUUUGCUUCAAAAUACCGGAUUCGUAAUUAUAAGCUCAUUCGAAUAAGUCGAAUCGUGUAUUGUUAGAUUAAAGAAGUUUAUAUUUUAUUAUAUUUGUGUUAAGUUAUCCAACAAUAUGACGGACUUGACGGAAUUGAGAAUGAACGUGGCGGCAUUGAAACGCGUUGACCCCUACGUGAAGGAUAUUCUUGAGACAGCGACCCAUGUAGCUUUGUACACUUUUAAUGGAGAUAAUAACGAGUGGGAAAAAACUGACAUCGAGGGUGCUCUAUUUGUUUACUCUCGAAAUGGCGAGCCAUAUAAUAGUAUUCUCAUCAUGAAUAGAUUGAACACAAAUAAUUUAGUGGAACCUGUAACGCAAGGCCUAGAUUUACAAUUACAAGCACCUUUUCUACUAUAUAGAAAUUCGCGGUGUAAUAUUUAUGGUAUUUGGUUUUAUGAUAAAGAAGAAUGUAUACGUAUAGCUGCAAGUUUAUAUAAACUAGUUUUGGAAACAGAAAAAAAUCGUAAAGCAGCUAAUAAACCUAUUCAAAAUAAAAAGAAUGCAGAAUCUAAUGAGAAUAAUGUGGAUAUAUUUAGUAUGCUAAGUAAAGCUCAAGAAGAUUUUAAUAUCAAUAAAGCAAACAGUGGAGGUGGUGGGAAACAGUCGGAUAACAGCAAGUCUCCAUCUAAUACUCCUGCAACGGAUAAUAAUUCUGGACCUCUUAUGGCUCCAUUAGGUCCUGAUGUAACGUCUCAGAGUGUUAUGGAUUUUUUUGCAAAAGCUAAGGUAAAUACCGGACAUUUCAAAGCUGGUGAUCAACCAACUGCUAUAACUACAGGCCCAAAUGAAAAUAAGCCUUUAUUACUUGCACGAUUAAUGUCCCAUCCAGCAGCGCACACAUUAGAGCAUAUCGAAAAACAACAGAGAUCGAUAACUCCACAACCUAUAUCGUUGCAGUCACUAAAACCUACUCCCCCAACGCCAUCGAUUAACUCAGGUAGUUUAAGUUUGUUAAACAGGUCUAAAAGAAGGAACAACAAACCUGCUUCUCAAGAAUCGUCGUCAAUUUCUACAACAGCAACAGUUUCUCUAGAUCUUCAACCACCGAUAAGCCAAAGUAAUGAUGAAAAUAAUGGUUCAACUGGAUUUCUUAGGAUACAAUCACCAACAAAUACAACACCUUCUAAUAUAACUAAUCAUCAAACUUCAAAUAUUAUUACUACUAGUAAUACAAAUCCUCUUUCAUCUUUGUUCGCUCAAGCGCCUGCCAAUACAGCUUCAGAAGAUAUUAUCACAACUCCAUCUUUAUCGGGUACAGGAUUAGCACCUGCAUUGAUACCACCUGUUAUGUUUGCGGCUCCAAGUCCUGCGGAACCUUUAGCUAGGCCAUUAGAACCGCUGACAAGGAAUCAACUACUUCAAGCUUUUAAUUAUCUGUUAAGAAGCGAUCCAGAUUUUAUCAACAAACUUCACGAAGCUUACGUUAAAUCGUUCGGUGAAAUUGUCUUCUAAAGUAACACAUUUAAAGAGAGAGAGAAAAAAACAUGAUAAUAAAAUAAUACAAGAAGAAGAAGAAGAAGGAAUAAAUAAAAUCAUUACAAUUUGUAAUUAAUUAAUAAAACGCAUUAUGUGCGGGUUGUGACGAAUCGACUGACGAUAUGUCAAAAGAAUUUGAUAUUCCUAAAUUACAUAUAUAUG